AAUGCUAGUGCCGUUGAUGUUGUGGCCGCCCCAAAGCGACGAGUGCCAACUUGAGCUGACUGUGCAAUGCCACGAAAGCGCAAGGCUUCGGAGACAACCGCACAAGAAGAAGUUCGAGUGGCGGCACCCAAACACCGAGUCAGGCGCGCUCCAUCUCCACCCGAACAAGCAACUUUAGAUGGAAUCAAAGCCAAGGCGACCAAGGAUCGCAUUCUGUUUAUAUUGGCGAAGGCUACAACUCUGGUGGGCGUUCCCACAAUCAUGAAACGACUGGUGGAGGAGUAUGGCUUGACCGAGUCCAAAGCAUUCAAUACUAACGUCAACAAAGCCUUGGCAGCGCUCAGCUCUGAACAGCGUGCGGACUUUGGGAAGGUCGGCGGGUCGUACCACGCAGGGGAUGCCAGUGAGGCGUACAUUCAGCAUUUCCAAGGCAAGGCGAGCGCGGCAGCGGACGAAGCCAAUGCGCAGAAGUACAUGGACCAGGGAUGCAUUCAGUGCUGCCACUGCGGAGAGUGGUGCCCUGGUGAUUGCGAAGUGGGCGAAGAUUCCAUUGCCAGAGGGUCCAAGUAUAAGUGCUUUGCCUGCGACAAGGUGUUUUGGACCUGGAUCUCAGAUGGAUACACCACGGGCCACGAAGUCGAGUACAAGUACAGCAACGGAUACUAAGCUGGGAGCUUGGAGUUUAGUAAGUCACAACUACUACUAUAGUACUAGUGUAUUAAUAUUAAGACUUCGAAGUAGUAGUAUUACAAUACGAACGUUAGUAUUUACUACGUACUACAUGAUCAUUGUUAAUACU